AUGCGUGUUUACAUGAAUGACAAGCCCCACAAGUGGGGCACUAAGCUCUUUGUGCUGUGCAAUGCUGUUACGGCUUACUGGAUUCGUCUAUUGCGGCAAAAACAGCAUCUAAGCGAUGCCCACCAGCCCGAUAUCAAGUCCGGGCCAGCCGCAGUAGUGCGCAACUUGCUAGAAAUGUUUGGGCCUGACGCCAAAAAGGAAGGAAUGAGGCUCGUGGUAAUUGAUCGUUUCUACACUUCUGUGACGCUAGCUAUCCAGCUGCUUCUAAUGGGGCUUCUAUUGCGUUGCCGUGAGAUCGACCGGGUGGUGCGGCAAGAUGGGGCAGAGCAGAUUGAGGUACCCUGUCCUCGUGUGGUGAAGGAUUACCACGCUUUCAUGUGUUAUGUCCACGACCAGUUGCGACUGCAGCGCUACUCACUGCAGCGUGCACUCCGCUUCAAGAAAUAUUACAAGUCAUUAGUGCUGGGGUUGAUUGAUAUGGCCAUCGUCAAUGGCUAUAUUGUUCACAAAGCUUACCACAAGAACAAAGAAUCGCGUCCGCUCACGCACGUCAAGUAUAUGAUCAAGCUCCACCUCCAGCUAAGUCAGCUCCAAGAGACAGAUAUGUAUGAGGGGAACACAUUCGAUACGCAGCUUCCCGUCUCUUUACCCAACUACGAACCGCUUCCUAUCGGUACUGCCCAGCAGACCGAGCACAUGGCGCUCCGAAGCAAUGAAUGGCGGAAUGAAGGCACACAGACCAAGCGUCGCCAGCGCGCGUGUAAAGUGUGCUCCUUUCUUCGAUCCAAGAGCAAGCGUGCCUCCACCACGACGUACUUCUGCAAGGACUGCAACAAGGCGGGACCGAUCUUCCUAUGCAUGCGAGCUCGACGCAAUGGCCGUGGGGCUGCCAUGAACUGUUGGGACAUCUGGCGCAAGGAGUGGGUCAACGACAAAUUGAUUCCAGUGAGCAAUGAUAAAUCUAUUCGAGUGCGUAGAAAGGUGAGUGCGACUGGGCCAGGCACUCCAUCGACAUCUGAUACUCCAAAUUCAAGCAAGAGACGUCGCACCAGCCCUUAA